AUGAGCGAGACCCACCCGGAGAUCUGGGCACCCAUAAGCGCUGUCGUGAUCCUCUUCGUCCUAUGGUACUGCUACAUCUGCCUGAACGCGGAGAACGAAGCAUUGGCGCGCCAGCGACGGCGACGCCCGAGACCUGUCAUCAUCGGCGCCGGUCCUGCCGUCAUGGCUCCCAUUCCCAUUCCACUGCCGGGGCCCGGACCCGGGCCGGGCUUUCCACCACCACCACCACCUCCUCCUCCUCCUCCUCCGCCAGCAGCUGGGCCAGGUGGAGGCGGCGGCGGCGGCGAUGAUGAUGGCGGUGAUGGUAGCGGUGGGCCGGUGCCGGCCCCUGGCUAUCCCGAACCACUGGGCCAUCUCAGAGGGGGAGCGUAUUACAGGCCAUUCGGCGGCGGCGGCGGGGAAGCAAGAGACUAUAGACGUGGACGGUCGGGCUCGCCGUUCAGGAAUGCACGAUCGUGGUCGAGGGCCCGACCCAUGCCGAUGCCCAUGUCCAUGUAUGGGCAAGGACAUCCUGGGGCCUGGUAUGCGGGGCCAGGUGGUGGGAGAGACGGAACGGGCAUGUACAUGCCGUGGACGGAGAGGAUACUGCCGCGUAGAGGACGUGGUGCAUAUGGUGGUGCUACCGGCGGAGGACGAGGAGCUGAUGAAUACGAUGUGAUUGAGCGAGGGCCUGCUUUUCCUUGA